AUGAGAAAAGAGAGAGAAGAAGAAGAAUUGGAGAAAGCUGGAGAAGAUGAAACAGAGCAGGAAAGAGUGAUGGAGAAUAUGGAGAAAAAAGCCACAGAGGAGGAAAGACUGAAGAGAGAGAUGAUACAAGCAGAAGAAAAAAGAGAAGAAGAAAUGGCACACCUGAGAGAGAAGGUAAUGAGGAAAGAGAUGGAAAUAAAGAAAGAGGAUGAACAGAUGAGAACGAUGGAAGAGAGAGAGAAAGAGCAGCAGAGAAUGCUGAGAGAAGCAGAGAAAAAAGCGAAGGAGGACGAACGACAAAUGAAAGAGAUGGAAGCAAAAGUGAGAGAGCAGGACAGAAUGUUGAGAGAAAAAUUGAAGGAGAAAGAGAGACAGACGAGGGAGAUGAUGGAGAACGCAAGAGAGCAGGAGAGAAUGCAGCUAGAGAUGGAGAGACAAGCAAAGGAGGAAGAAAGAAUGAUACGAGAGAUGGAAGAAGAAGCAAUAGAACGGAAGAGAAAACUUAAGGAGUUGGAGAAUAAAGCAGAGGAGGAAGAAAAACGAAUGAAGGAGAUGAUAGAGAAAGCGAGAGAGCAGGAGAGAAUGCAGCUAGAGAUGGAGAAAAAAGUCAAGGAGGAGGAAAAACAAAUGAAGGACAUGGUAGAGAAAGUGAGAGAGCAGGAGAGAAUGAUGGAGAAAAAAGUCAAGGAGGAAGAAAGAAUGAUACGAGAGAUGGAAGAAGAAGCAAUAGAACGGAAGAGAAAACUGAGAGUCUUGGAGAGUAAAGCAGAGGAGGAAGAAAAACGAAUGAAGGACAUGAUAGAGAAAACGAGAGAGCAGGAGAGAAUUUUGAGAGAAGCAGAGAAAAAAGCAAUUGAGGACGAACGACAAAUGAAAGAGAUGGAAGAAGAAGCAAUAGAACGGAAGAGAAAACUUAAGGAGUUGGAGAAUAAAGCAGAGGAGGAAGAAAAACGAAUGAAAGAGAUGAUAGAGAAAGCGAGAGAGCAGGAGAGAAUGCAGCUAGAGAUGGAGAGACAAGUCAAGGAGGAGGAAAAACGAAUGAAGGAGAUAAUAGAGAAAGCGAGGGAACAGGAGAGAAUUUUGAGAGAAGCAGAGAAAAAAGCAAUGGAGGACGAAAGACAAAUGAAAGAGAUGGAAGCAAAAGUGAGAGAGCAGGACAGAAUGUUGAGAGAAAAAUUGAAGGAGAAAGAGAGACAGACGAGGGAGAUGAUGGAGAACGCAAGAGAGCAGGAGAGAAUGCAGCUAGAGAUGGAGAGACAAGCAAAGGAGGAAGAAAGAAUGAUACGAGAGAUGGAAGAAGAAGCAAUAGAACGGAAGAGAAAACUUAAGGAGUUGGAGAAUAAAGCAGAGGAGGAAGGAAAAGAAAUGAAGGACAUGAUAGAGAAAACGAGAGAGCAGGAGAGAAUGCAGCUAGAGAUGGAGAAAAAAGUCAAGGAGGAGGAAAAACAAAUUAAAAACAUGGGAGAGAGAGAGCAGGUGAGAAUGUUAAGAGAGGCAGAGAAAAAAGCAAAGGAGGAGAAACGACAGUUGAAAGAGAUGGAAGAAAAAGUGAGAGAGCAGCACAGAAUGUUGAGAGAAAAAUUGAAGGAGGAAGAGAGACAGAUGAGGGAGAUGAUGGAGAAAGCAAGAGAGCAGGAGGAGGAGGAAAAACAAAUUAAAAACAUGAUAGAGAAAGAGAAGGAGCAGGAGAGAAUGCAGCUAGAGAUGGAGAGACAAGUCAAGGAGGAGGAAAAACAA